AUGGGGUAGGCAUAGUCAUUGAUUUACGCAGUACCUGUAGGAGAGAAAAAAGAAGGAGAAAGCAAUGUUUAUAGAAAUCCUACCCAUGUUGCUAAACUAUUAGAUAAUUUUGAGGGAGAAAAGACAGUGCAAGGAAUGUUUUUAAGAGCUUGUCGUUUAUAUCCUGAAAAUAGAUGUAUAGGAAAGCAGAUUACUACUGGAUAGAAUAGUAAACAUUACAAAUACAUGACAUACAAAGAAGUAAAAUAAGAUGCUGAAUAUUUGGGAUCAGGUAUAAUCAACUUAAAUCUUAUUCCUAAGCCAGAGGUAUUCGAAGAUUAGCAACUAAAAAUGAUAGGUGUUUUUUCUAAAAAUAGAGAAGAGUGGUUAAUUCUAGAUAUAGCCAAUACUCUAUAUGGAAAUACAAUGAUUCCUUUGUAUGAAACUUUGGGUUUCGAAAGUUUACCUUAUAUUUUCGAAUAAACUUAGCUUAAUACUCUCUUUAUUUCUGAGUCGAACGCCUAGACAAUAUUGAAAGUAUCAAAUUAUCAUGCAUUAAAAAAUAUAAUAUGUUUUGACGAGUUAAGCUAAGAAAUUAUUGAGAAAUUUAAUUAAAAAGGACUCAAAGUCAUGCCUUAUGAAUAAGUAAUCUAAGCAGGAAAGGCUAAAGUACAUGCAUAUUUUGAAGUGACUGAAAAUAAUAUUUUUACUUUCAGUUACACAUCAGGCACAACAGGAUUGCCCAAAGGUGUUAUGCUAAGGCAUAAAAACUUUGUAUCAGUAAGUGGAGGAGUGGUAUUUCAAGGCAUUGUAGUAAGUUAGAAGGAUGUUUAUUUAAGUUAUUUACCCCUUCCUCAUGUAUUAGAGAGAUUUGUUGUCAUCACUUUAUUGGGAUACGGAAGCACAAUUUGUAUGUAUGGAGGAGAUGUUCAAAAAUUAAAUUAGGAUCUUUAAAUGGUCAAACCAACUCUUUUUAUGAGUGUUCCUAGAUUAUACUUCAGAAUAUAUACUACUAUUAAGCAAAAAUUAGAAAGUCUGCAAGGGGCCAAAAAAAAACUAUGUGAAUAAGCCUUAUCAAGCAAAUAAUAUUAUCUUAAAAAUGGAGGUCAUGUAGAACAUAGAUUUUGGGAUAACAUGGUAUUCAAUAAGACCAAAGAAGCAUUAGGGGGAAGAGUUAGAUAUAUGCUUUCAGGUUCAGCUCCAAUGUCUGCAGAAGUAAUAGAUUUUUUAAAAUGUGUUAUUUGUGCACCCUUCAUUGAAGGAUAUGGAUAAACAGAAGGUUGUGGAGGAUCCUUCAUUACUAAGGCUGAAGAUUCAAUCAGUGGACAUGUUGGUGGUGUUUUUCCUAAUAUAGAAUUUAAAGUAAUUGAUGUUCCUGAAAUGAAUUAUCAUAGCACUGAUGUUAAUGAAAAUAAUUAAAUAACUCCAAGAGGGGAAAUCUGUUUAAGAGGCAAUGCUAUCUUUGCUGGAUAUUACAAAGAGGAAGAAAAGACAAAAGAAAUGAUUGAUAAAGAUGGAUGGAUCCAUUCUGGCGAUGUAGGAGUCAUACGACCAAAUGGUGCCUUAUAAAUUAUCGACAGAGUCAAAAAUAUAUUCAAAUUGAGCUAAGGAGAAUACAUUGCACCUGAAAAAAUAGAAGGAAUCUAUUAAAGAGUGAAUGGAGUAACUGAAGCAUUUGUCUAUGGUGACUCUUCAAAAAGUUAUUGUAUUGGUUUCAUUGUCCCAGAUAAAUAAUUUGUACUCAAUCUAGGCAAUCAAUUUGGUUUAAAUUAAACUUUUGAAGAAUUAUGUAAAAAUAAGGACAUUGUAAAGUAUUUCCUAGAUCAAGUAACUAGAUAAGGAAAAUUGGAGAAACUCAACGGAUUAGAGAAUGUAAAAUAACUAUACCUUGAGCCAAUCAGUUUUAUUGUACAUGGAUUAACAAGCAAUACAUUGAAGUUGAUGAGACACAAAGCUAAGGCAUUUUUUGCUAAUUAAAUAAAUGAGCUAUAUUCGAUAAGCGAAUGA